AGGUAGUUGCCAAAGUUAUGAGGGCAGGCGUGAGUCCACGGGAACGAGCACUACUGUGGAUUAUUACACCGGCCUGGGAAGAAGAGGAGAGACGGGAGCACUGCCGUCUGACUUAACCUGACAAGUGGAGAACUAUUUUCAUACGGUUGGUCGGUCGACAGGAAAGUUUACGGGAAUUUAACCUCACCCAGGAGUGUGUUUCCUUUUCCCCACGGACUGUCUCACUCCCGCAGAGAAGGUCUGCUCAUGAAGCCAUGCUAAUAAACAUCUGCUUGUUGCGGUGAGCUGCCUGGUGGACAGUCAAAGGCGUCAUGGCGGAACUGCCCAUUGCCCCGGGUCAGGUCUACAUCGAGGUGGAGUACGACUAUGAGUACAAGUCCAAGGACCGCAUCAUCACCAUCAGGCAGGGGGAAUGCUACAUGCUGGUCAAGAAAACCAAUGAUGACUGGUGGCAGGUGAAGAAAGAGGAGGGGACUAAAGCUUUUUAUGUACCUGCUCAGUAUGUCCGAGAGGUCCGCAAAGCUCUCAUGCCACCUCCUAAACCCAUCCCACAUCCACCUGCUGCCACCGGCAACUCACCUUCCCAAAGUGGGGGUGCACUCUGGGUAAAGCCAACCAAUCUGGAUCUGGGAUACCACAAUCGGUCUGCUGAGAACCUUCACAGACACGAGUCCAGCUAUCGCCGCUCACCCUCCGCACAUACUGCCUCUUCAGGGCACUUCAGUCCCCCCACCCAACGCAGGGACAGUAACCACCAUCACCCCCCCAUCACCCCCACAGACCAUGACCGAGCUCUGCCUGAGAUUCUUGUCCACGGUGGAGGUCCCCAACCUGUCCACAGAGGAGGGCACGGCUCUCUGCCGCGUACCCGCGCCCGAUCCCCAGAGAUGGCCCGAGCCCCGCUGGAUGUGGACAGCACCCAACACUGUGACUCUGCUGGGGAGGAGAGACCCACCAACGACUCAGAGUCUGGAGAUGAACUGAGCAGCUCUUCCACUGAACAUCUCCAGACUGUGUCUUCGUCAGGCCAGGGCCGCUCCGAGUCGCCUGUCUACACCAACCUCCAGGAGCUGAAGAUCACCCAGACCAACCUGCCCCCUCUGCCCUCUGGCUCCCCCCUCCAGACACUGGGCGACUGGGAGACCUACAAAGACCAGAACGGCAGGCACUUCUACCACAACCGCUCCACCCAGGAGAGGACCUGGAAGCCGCCCCGAGCCAGGGACGCCAGCACCGGGAACUCCAGAGGAGAAAACAACAGUACAGGAGAGAGCUCUGAGACCACUCCUCUCUCGCUCUCGCCGUCUUUCCUUCCGUUCCUCUCGCUCUCCAUUGGUCGACUUCAGCCUCUGUCAUCGGAGGACACCUGCUUCAGUACCUACUCUAGCCAGUCAGACAGUCAGUAUGGCUCGCCGCCGCGUGGUUGGUCGGAGGAGAUGGACGAGCACGGCCACACGUUGUACGUCAGCGACUAUACUAACGAGAAGUGGUUAAAACACGUGGAUGACCAGGGCAGGCCUUAUUACUACAGUGCAGACGGCUCCAGGUCAGAGUGGGAGCUGCCAAAGUACAACCUCUCCCCUCCACAGCCGUCUGGAGAUGGUCCAAAAAGUCGCAGUCUGGACAGGAAACACAUGGAGCCCAUCGUCCUGACCAAAUGGAGACACAGCGCCUAUGUCCAAGAGCCCAAUGACAAGCGGCUGUCAAAAAAAAGGCGUUUCCGCGCAUUCUCCACCCGCCUACAUCCGUACAAACACAAAGAUGCUCCUCUGAGCCCCAAGCCCCCCUCUCCUGACUCUGACUCCUGCCCUUCGUCUCCCAAGCCCCCCGCCUCUCCGUCUGAAAAGUGUGGGGUUCUGAAUGUGACAAAGAUCACUGAGAACGGCAAGAAAGUACGGAAGAACUGGACUUCUUCCUGGACAGUCCUCCAAGGAUCGACGUUGCUGUUUGCCAAAGGACAAGGAGGUGGAACCAGCUGGCCAUUCUACCACAGUGGCUCCCUCCCUGAAUUUCUCCUGUCACUGUUGAGUAGCUGGAGACCGUCUGCUAAGAAACGUCCUGCUGUCUCCUAUGGCUGCUCAGGGCUCGACCGUGCCUCCUCUUUUGGAGGCGGUCAGUCCAAACCUGAGUUCACUGUAGAUCUGAGGGGCGGCUCGGUGGAAUGGGCCUCCAAGGACAAAUCCAGCAAGAAGCACGUUAUAGAGCUGAAGACUCGACAGGGCACAGAGCUGCUAAUCCAGUCCGAAAAUGACGGUGUCAUCAAUGACUGGUACCGAGCGCUGCAGGACACCAUCAGCACCCAUGCCUGGGAGUCUGAUGAGGCCAUUGAAGAGGACAUGCCUGAUUCGCCUGGUUUUGACAAACAUGACAAGGAUAAAGAACACAGAGACUCAAAGAAAAGCAGAGCAGCCAUGAAGACCUCCACCAGCAUGGACGCCUCCGACAACAAAAAGACCAGACACAAGCUGAAGAAGUUCCUCACCCGCCGCCCGACCCUGCAGGCUGUCAGAGACAAGGGCUACAUCAAAGAUCAGGUGUUUGGCUGCAGUCUGUCCAGUCUGUGUCACAGGGAGAACAGCACUGUGCCAGGCUUUGUAAAGAUGUGCAUCGACCAUGUGGAGAACAGUGGUCUGUGUGUAGACGGGCUGUACAGAGUUAGUGGAAACCUGGCUGUCAUACAGAAACUACGCUUUGCUGUCAAUCACGAUGAGAAGGUGAACCUGGCAGACGGGAAGUGGGAGGACAUCCAUGUGACCACCGGAGCUUUAAAGAUGUACUUCAGAGAGCUGCCCGAGCCUCUCUUCACCUACGCUCUCUUCCAUGACUUUGUCAGCGCCAUCAAGAUACCAGACUACAAGCAGAGAGUCCACUCCAUCAAAGAGCUGGUCCGACAGCUGCCCAAUACCAACCAUGACACUAUGCAGGUCCUCUUCAAACACCUCAGGAAGGUGAUCGACUACGGUGAGGAAAACCGUAUGACCACCCAGAGUGUGGCCAUUGUGUUCGGCCCCACGCUGCUGCGCCCUGAAACAGAGACCUGGAACAUGGCGGUCCACAUGGUCUACCAGAACCAGAUAGUGGAGCUGAUACUGCUGGAGUACGAGAACAUUUUUGGCAGGUAGACUGAGACACCAGAGGAUGAGCCUUUUGUUUUAUUUUUUUCUCUCCAAACGCAGAGCUCUUCCUAACCCAGCAUGGCCCUGCCAAAAAGAGCCCGGCUCGGUCCGGGGGCAGCUUCUCUUCAUCUCAAACCAACCCGCGGUCACUGGCUUCUCCAAUCUUGCAACCUCUGGACCAAAGCCAAAUGUGUCUCAUAAACCAAAACAUAGAUGUAACUAACUAGCGACCAAAAAGUUAAGACUCUUUGCACUUUUCAGUAUCUUAUUUUCUCCUGCAGCUGCAUUUGUGCCACUUUACUGCAAAGGUGACAUCCUCCUGUCCUGACACUGGAUUCCUAAAACUAAUAAUACAUAGGCCAAACAAGCCUCUACUACUGCACAGACUAACUGAGACCAAAGGAGCUGCAGAGGAGUGAGUAUCAGUAAGCCUCUAUUACAGAGGAAGCAGCAGUAUUGGAGGUUUAUGAUGUUGGAUGCAACCUGUCUGUACUGUACUGUAAAUCUCAUCACUUAUAUAGACUCAUCACUCCUGUAUGUACCACAGUGGGGAACCAACAGAAGAAUCGAAACUGCUCUGCCCCCUCAGCUUGGCUUUAGAAGUGUAGACACUAAGAGGUGAAAUAAGUUGGAGCUAGAACAAGGUGAAGAAGGGAUUUUUCUUUUGUUUUUUAUUUAGGAACUAUACAAUUUACAAGACAUUUUUUUUGGCUCUUUCAUGUUCUCUCUUCUUUUUAUUUUAAAUGUUUUGUUCUCCUCUCAGUCUGCAUCUGCCCCCCCUCUUUCUCUCCUCCUCCUGAAAUACUGGACCGGGGUCCUCUGAACACUUGAGAGGUUAACACCACUCUGUAUUAUCUCUGCAUGGCACCUCCUCCAUUUGGCUUUUAGAACAAAUCAUUUCGCAGCGCUCAGAACAUGAACUUGAAAACAAACAAUGGUACUCAGCUCUUUCCUUGACUAAUGGAUAUUAAAUGUUAAGGCAAACAGCCUUUAAACAUGUCUCCAUUAAUACAGUUGUACAGUGUUUAUGUGUAUGCAUGUGGAUGGGUGGGGCGGGUGGGUGGAUGGAUGAAUGGAUUUACUGACAAUAUAUUGUACAAAUAAUAAAUAUAAGUGCAUAUGCCUGGAGUGUUAAAAAUAUGAUAAGAGGUAGAAAUCACUAUUUUGUGAUCAUUGUGUAACCAACAUGUGAGGAAAAAAGUUGUGAAGAACUGGGGAUGUGGAGGUUUACCUGUGAAUCAGGUUAAUGGAAGAUUGUGAAUAUAAAGAAAAUGCUGUUGGCUUUAUCAGACUGGAAUAAAGGCCUCUAAUAAGAGGAGAUAUUCUUUA